AUGCCCGGACUUUUCUUACGUGUCUCUGCAGCCUACAUUGUGGCUGUGUACCACAGCAUGAAGGAGGAGCUGCGGUGCAAUGCCCCUGGGAGCGCUCCCAUCAAGAGGAGGGCCACGAGCCAGGUGUCCCAGGAGGCAUUGGGAGAGACGGGAGCCAUGCCUGGUGACAUGAUCACUUUCUCACAGGAUUACGUGGCCAACGAGCUCACGCAGAGCUUCUUCACCAUCACUCAGAAGAUCCAGAAGAAGAUGGCUGGUUCCUGUAAUGCCACUGAGCCCUCAGACAUGUUCUCAGUGCUACCUGGCUCCUACUUGCCACUCAACAACCCAGCUCUAGAGUUCAUCAAAUACGUCUGCAAGGUGUUGUCCCUGGAUGCCAGAAUAACUAACCAAGUAAACAAACUGUGCUUGGACCUGCUGCGCCUCAUUGAGGUGGGUGAGUUCUCAGAAGAAGCCCAGUUUCGGGUCCCUUGCCGCUCCUACAUGCUCCCUGAAGUCAUCUGCAGGAAGUGCAAUUUUUGCAGGGACUUGGACCUGUGCAAGGACCCUGCCCUCUCGCAGGAUGGGUCAGUGCUGCCCAGUUGGGUAUGCUCCAACUGCCAGGCCCAGUAUGACUCGGAUUCCAUUGAAAUGGCACUGGUGGAAGCGCUGCAGAAGAAGCUAAUGGUCUACCUGCUGCAGGACCUGGUGUGCAAGAAGUGUCAUGGUGUGAAGGAGACACUUAUGCCUAUGUACUGCAGCUGUGCUGGAGAUUUUGCCCUUACCAUUUCCUCCCCGGCUGAACAAGCCCCCUUGCCUCACCCAGCAAGCACUUCUGAUCCCCAGCCAUCUUGGGAGCAGUCCAUCGAACUCACUCACCCGUUCCAGGUGUACCCGCUGACCCUUUCAACCUGCGAUGAGUUUUAG